GUCUAUUUCAAACUGUUGCAACAUUACCUCGCUAUCAGGUGACACGAAUACACAGUGGAUUAGCGAGUCAAGUCACGUUCCCACUCAAACUAAGGCACAAUGAUUUCGACAAAACUUUUACUACGUUUAUCAAUUUUCUACGUCUUUCUGCCUUUAGUCACGUCGAUGAGGGUGUCCACAAGCUAUGGUGACGUCGAAGGUCUCGAGGAAUCCUACCCGAAUUCUUCUUUCGCUUACAAGUCAGUCAGCAAAUUCCUCGGGAUUCCAUUCGCAGCUCCACCAGUUGGCGACCUCAGAAUGAAAGCACCAAAAGAGCCAGCUUCUUGGAAACCAAAUGUACGCCAAGCUAAACAGCACGGAAAUAUUUGCAUGCAAAAGAAGACCUUCGAAUAUUUUGUGCGGUUAUUUACUCAAAAUUUUACCUACAGCGAAGAUUGCCUAUAUCUCGAUGUCUACAGCCCGAACGUGAGCCAGCAUCUACCCGUAAUGGUUUACAUUCAUGGAGGAGGCUAUGAGUUUGGAAGUUCAAUCACAUACCCUGGCGAUUACUUGGCUCUCCAAGGCGUAGUAGUUGUUGUUAUUCAAUACCGUCUUGGUACGUUUGGCUUCCUGACGACCGGGGAUUCCGCUGCCCCUGGGAAUUAUGGAAUGUUAGAUCAAGUGGCGGCGCUCAAGUGGGUCAAAGAUAACAUAAAAAAUUUUGGAGGGGAUCCCGGUGAGGUGACCAUCUUUGGAUUAAGCGCUGGUGGAUCAAGUGUUAGCCUCCAUUUAUUGUCUCCACUGUCUGAAGGCCUCUUCCAUCAAGUCAUUGCAGAGAGCGGAGUGGAUUUGAGUCCCUUUGCAAUUCAGCCGACUUCCUUCGGUCUCCGCUAUACCAAUGAGCUUGCUGGAAACCUGAACUGCCCAACGGGCGACCACAGCGAAAUGAUGGCCUGCAUUCGUCAGAAAGAGACAAAGAAGAUACAAGACGCUUCCGAAAAAAUAACCUUAAGUUCUGUUGAAUACCUGGACUGGGCACCAGUUGUGGAUAAAAACUUUCUUCUUGACACCCCCCGGAAUCUGCGUAACAAAGGAGAGUUUAAGAGAGAUAAUUUAAUGAUCGUCUUUGCCAGUCAGGAGGGCGGAUCUUUUCUGGGUAUGAUGGCAAACAUGUCCUUUGGGAUGACACAAAGUGUAGACAACGGAGUGAGUCCCUCUUUCUUCAAGGAAUUUCUAACAAAAUAUGCGCACGCUCAGAAUAUCGGGUAAGUUAAGUUAUCUGUUAUAACUGCUUUUUGUCACAAGAACUUGUAAAGUGCAAAUAUGAACAAAUAUGACAACUUUCUUCUUGAAGUUUUUGAACGAAGACAUGUUAUGUGUAAAACUUUUGAACGAAGUUUUUCUAGCGUAGAUGAGGUUACAAUUUUACAUACAGAAUGUUAUGGGAAAAGAGAGCAAAUGUGCAAAUGAAAAACUAUGCCAUUUUUUUUGGGAAAAAUCUUUCUGUCACAAAAUUGACAUCUCAUUAGUUUUUGGCAUUGUAAACGUAAAACCUCGAUAGAAGGAAUUUCCCCUACGCGGAUGACGUUACAAUGACACGCACCUUUGAAACUUGAAACUUGAAAGGGUUUUUACAACUUGGUAAUUCUACUCUAUCAGGGUUUCCUCUUCAAGCGUCUUUUGACCUCAGUCCUUAAUUAACAAAAGAGCGCUGAUAAAUAUCCGCAUAGGGCAAUAUAUGUGUCAAUGAUAACAAGCCAGGGUAAAUGCGACUCAAGCAAGGAAAAGCUUUUACUAACUCUGAAAUUAAAAUGAUUAUCUCUUUCUUUCCUUUAAGAGAGCAGAAAGGUGACCUCAUAAGGGAUGCAUUGCAGUUUAUGUAUACCCCAUGGCCUGACAGCAGCGAUAAAUACGCGCUGAGAACCCAGCUCGUUGAUCUCAUCGGUGAUCAGCCUUUCUACGCCCCAAGUCACGCAGUCGCCGAUAUCCACAGCAAGUAUGCCGAUGUUUACAUGUCCAUGUUCGAUUAUCAGCAAAAAGUACGACCCCUUCACAAGGCGUGGUACGGAGUACAACACGGCGAUAAUGUUUUUUUUGAAUUUGGAGGCCCGUUCAUGCCUCGUUUUGCAAAUUUGUUUCCGGACCAGUCGGACAAAGACGUCAGUUCGUUUAUCAUGGAAAUAUACACAAACUUUGCCAAGUUCGGCAAUCCAACACCCCAGCCAGUCAGCGGUGUUACGUUCGAGAGGUACAACUCCAGUCAGAGGGCUUAUCUCCGGGUGGAUAAAAAAUCCGAGAUGAAGGCCUCGUUUGCUCCUCGCCGAAUGUCGUUCUGGAAUGAUUAUCUUCCCAAGCUGAUGGAAGUCAAGUUUGAAAAAGAGACAGUGGUAGUGAGUGAUGCUGGCUGUGCCUCUGCCAUGGCAAAGUUUGUUUUCAUUACGUUCACUUUUUCAUGGAUGGCGCUUUAUUGAGGAAGACUUUAUAGGGCGCACGAGAGCAAAACUUUGCAAAGGUUCCUUCUUUAAAGACUGCGAGCGAAUGUAGAAUUCAUCAGGUGCAAGGAUAAUCAUGAAAAACAAAGUUUGAAGAUGGAAAUAUUGAAAAUUUCAAAUUAAUAUAAUCCAAACUGAUCCUCUAUAUUGCCCAUAUUUCAAGACGCAAUUACGAAUACUUUUGUACUUUGUCGUAGAUAAAGCAGAAUUUUAUCGGCUAAUGGAAAAUUGAAUAUUGAUCAGACUGGUUGAAGCUGCUAUUAAUUUUGCCACAUAAAGUAUGUUUGUUUUAUUGUCUAAUUUCAAUUUCUUAUCGAGUGGCUGUAUUUAAGAAAGUUCUGUGAUUUUCUCACUGAGAAACGCAAACGCGUUGUAUUACCUCAAGGAGUUACUAUGGAUGAAUUUUGCCUCUGAAUAAACCCACCUGAUGUGAUUUUUAUGGCAUUUUGGAAGACCAUACAUUGUCUGAAAGUUUCUGUACAACCGACUUGAUUUUGUCUUCCAACAAUCUCUACUGAAC